CCCGGGGCCCUGGCUGUCUGGGGAGUCCGUCACCCCGAGGCGACCGGCUCUUCCGGGGCUGGGACGGCUGUAGGCGGCAGGCGGCCUCGGCACCCGCGAACUCAUAAAUACUGCGGCGGCGCGGGUGGCAGGAGAUGCGCGUGCGGGCAGCCCGCGCCCCCGAGGCGUUUGGAUAACUGCCCGUCUUGAAGAAGACCUCCCUGCCCUCCUGCCUCUCUCCCCCAGAGCCCUGCUGCUCCCCAUCCUCCCUGCCCUUCCUGCUGUGUCUGUGGGGACCUGAUCUCCUCAGUCUCCCUGCUUUCUCCUGUCUGCUGUCACCACCCCACCACCAUGCACUCCCUUCCUGGCUGGUGGUCCUGCUGCUGUCUGCUCCUGCUAUGCUCCUUGGGAGUCCAGGGGUCCCCGAGGGCCUCCAGCGCUGCGCCAGAGCAAGUCCAUCUGUCUUACCCAGGUGAGCCAGGCUCCAUGACUGUCACCUGGACCACAUGGGUCCCAACCCGCUCUGAAGUGCAAUUCGGGUUGCAGCCGUCAGGGCCCCUGCCCCUCCGCGCCCAGGGCACCUUUGUCCCCUUUGUGGACGGGGGCAUUCUCCGGAGGAAGCUCUACAUACACCGAGUCACGCUGCGCAAGCUGCUGCCGGGGGUUCAGUAUGUUUAUCGUUGUGGCAGUGCCCAGGGCUGGAGCCGUCGGUUCCGCUUCAGGGCCCUCAAGAAUGGGGCCCACUGGAGCCCCCGUCUAGCUGUGUUUGGGGAUCUGGGGGCUGACAACCCGAAGGCCUUCCCACGGCUGCGCAGGGACACCCAGCAGGGCAUGUAUGAUGCCAUUCUCCACGUGGGAGAUUUUGCCUACAACAUGGACCAGGACAACGCCCGUGUCGGGGAUAGGUUCAUGCGGCUCAUUGAACCCGUGGCUGCCAGCCUGCCAUACAUGACAUGCCCCGGGAAUCACGAAGAACGCUACAACUUCUCUAACUACAAGGCUCGCUUCAGCAUGCCGGGGGAUAAUGAGGGCCUGUGGUACAGCUGGGAUCUGGGUCCCGCCCACAUCAUCUCCUUCUCCACCGAGGUCUAUUUCUUUCUCCAUUAUGGCCGCCAGCUGGUACAGAGGCAGUUUCGCUGGCUGGAGAGCGACCUCCAGAAAGCCAAUAGGAACCGGGCAGCCCGGCCCUGGAUCAUCACCAUGGGGCACCGGCCCAUGUACUGCUCCAACGCAGAUCUGGACGACUGCACACGGCAUGAGAGCAAGGUCCGCAAAGGCCUCCGAGGCAAGCUGUACGGGUUGGAGGAUCUUUUCUACAAACACGGGGUGGACUUGCAGCUGUGGGCUCAUGAGCACUCGUACGAACGACUGUGGCCAAUUUACAACUACCAGGUAUUUAACGGUAGCCAAGAGAUGCCCUACACCAACCCGCGGGGCCCUGUCCACAUCAUCACAGGAUCUGCCGGCUGUGAGGAGCGGCUGACGCCCUUUGCUGUCUUCCCAAGGCCCUGGAGUGCUGUGCGUGUGAAGGAGUAUGGGUACACACGACUGCACAUCCUCAACGGGACCCACAUCCACGUCCAGCAGGUGUCGGACGACCAGGAUGGGAAGAUUGUAGAUGACAUCUGGGUGGUGAGACCCCUGUUUGGCCGGAGGACGUACCUCUAGGGAUGGGAGCCGCUCUCCUCCAGAAGCCUGUUUUGCCACCUUGGCUGCUGUGACCAGACACUGAUCAGGCCUGGGUGGGGAGUUGGGUGGGUCCUGACUCCUCUGCCCUCCAGAGGACCCAUAGAGGGUACAUGCAGCCCUAUGGAGCUGGGGCAGCUGUCCCCUCCUAGAGAGGUGGGAGUCCUGGCUGGCUGUGGAGGGAGCGGGCACAGAGUGACACAGGGCGGGCCUCUGCUGGCAUGGCCCCACCCUCCUGCAUAGCACUGAUGGAGCGAGGUGCCCGUAGGGCUUCUGUAAUCAAGAGCCUUAAACUGUGGCUCCAUGGACUUUGCA